AUGGCCGACCCCAAUCCGAAGAGACUACCCAGCCGCAAGCCGUCCGGCGAGUGGAAGCCUGGGGUUCUCGAGGACGGCCUGGGCGUAACAGUCUUCGACAAAGCAUUCGACGACCACUUUCAGAUCAACUCAGAUCUGAUCGAGCAGGCCUUGCAGGGCGGCUUUCAUGAGUGUUGCGCCUCCUUCCCGGAGAAGAAGCAGCAGCCGGAAGCCUGGGGCAUGCGCGUGGACUUUCUUUGGAAGCUGUGGCUCUAUGUCAAGGAGGACUUGGCCGGCUAUUCUGCAGCGCACAAGGUGGACAAAGACGGAGAGCACUACUGCAUCGUGAGCCCUUGUUUGUGGAGCCAUGGGGAGAGAACCUGCGCUUCCGCUGCUUCGGGCGCGCCCUCCUCACGACAUCUGCGGCAGAUGCACGGGGACAUGCACUUGGUGGUCCAGCGGUAUGUUAUGCCUUGGACGCGGGGAUUCGACGCUGGUUUGGCCUUAGUCUUGAAUGCUGGAAGCAUUGCUUGGUCGCGGAAAUGCGCAGACUUGUUCUGCAUGGCCACGACCUUUGUUUCGCACAGCUGGAGUGAAGCAUUCGAAGACUUUGCGCAGACGCUCUUCCGGUUGCUGGACGCGCAGGCUGUCGUUUGGAUUUGCAGCUUUGCCUUGUGGCAGCAUGGCGAUGUCUCCGCCAGCCUUUCCUCUCUGGAUCGCUGUCCCUUCGCUGUGAGCAUGAGGGCAGCUCACCGGGUGCUGGUCUUGACAGACAACUCGGCCGAGACGUUGGAGCGCUGCUGGGUCGUCUUCGAGGCCGCCUUGGCCCACGAGCUGCGGAAGGACUACAAUAUAUGCCUGCCCGAUGAUGGCGAUGCAGAGUGCUGGAACAUUGUUGGACGAAAGCUGGAGAGAGUGGAUGUAGAAGCUUGCAAAGCUACCAACGAGAAGGACAAGCAAGAGAUUUUGGCUUACAUCCGCCGCCAGACAGGGGGCAUCAGCGAACUGAAUCGCAGCUAA